AUGAAAAUUACAGGUCCGACCAUGGAAGCUCCAAACCCAACGUACCUUUACCAAACAGGAAAAAAGGCCUACACCCGCGCAGACUGGACCAAUAUUGGCGAUGAGGAACAUUGUGCAACGUUAGGGAAAGACGAGCCUGGACUUGGACCAUUGAAAAGGCUAAAACAUCACACUGGAGGACGUUCUUGGACGAAACCGGGGAAGAAAUCCCUGGGAGGCUACUACCUACAUGAAAUCCCGAGACAGCUUGGGGUCUUGAAGGUGGGCAGCCACGGAAUUAUCGAGAGCGAAGACAAGGCGCAGGCCUUCCUCCGCUUCUUCUUCCCCAAAAUGGACACGCCAGUCACCAACGCGUCCAUGGCGGCCCCGUUGGAACUCCCGUGGCAGCUUAUCACCGAGCUUGAAAUUCAACGAUCCCUCAAAGCUGCUUAA